AUGGCAGGAGCAGGUGCUAUUUGCUGGGCUUUGACAGUUAAAAAUCUUCUCUAUAAAUAUGGUUUUGGACAUAUUUGGAUUGACCAAUAUUAUUUACCAAAAAAGACAGUAUCACAGAUUCCGUCCUCGAUUUUAGAGUCGGAUAAAAUCACUAUUGAUGGAAAGGAAGCAGAGAUUCAAGCCGAACAUGUGAGACCUACGAUAGAGAAUGAUUUAUGGAAAAUGAAGCCGUCAACUGACGUCAAGCCAUCUGAGGCAUCUUCAAAAAAAGUGACCAUCAAUCGAGGAGACAGUGCCAAGAAAAGACAACGUGUCGAGAGUGAAGAGGAGCCAGCUAAGUCAUUAAGAGAACAGGGUGUGCCGAAGAAGAAACGGAAAUGGAUGGAAAAGGAAGUUGCAAAAAAAGACAAGGCAUCUACGUCUGUGGAUAAUAGACACAGUGAAGGGAGAGUGUUCCAUCCUUUUGACUACACCAAGGCGGAUUAUAAGGCAUUUGAAGAAACUAAGAAAUCAAAAAAGAAGUCGUCUGCCACUGGUGGCCGUCAAGGUUCAUCAUUCCAAAAUGCACCAAGGUCAAGAACGGCACCACAUACGGGCAAGAAAAGCAUGACGUACAGUUCUCAUCCCAAAGGUGGUCAUCAAAAAGGAAGGUUCAACUGGCCAAAGAAAUAAGUCACCUAGGGAGUUCUAAUCAAAGAUUGCAAGGUUACGGCUCUUAGGGCAGCAUAAGUUUUGGAGCAAUGAAGUCAUUUUUAAAGUUUAAAAAAAUUGUUCUUAGUACACACAAUUUUGUAAUUAUGUUAAUGAUCAAUAAAACAUAUUGGUGUGGUUGUCA